CGACCGACGCUGAGCCGCUCCCACAGCAGCACAGCAGAGCACGUAGGGAGAGGGCCGCGCUGCGCUGCGCUGGUGGCGUAGCGGCGCACGGGACCAGUGGGUGGCCGCGCCACCCACCACCACCACCGCGUUCCACGUGAUCCGCACCACCACCGCCCGCCCGCGGCCGAUGGAUGGCCCAACUCCUGAACCCAGAAAAACCGAACCGCCCCCCACCACCACCACCCAUACUACCCCUCCUCUCCUCGCCCUUAUCCCCCCACCCGAAUCCGCCUCCACCGCCGCCGCCGCCUCCAUUUAUUCCACCCCUCCUCCCAGAUCUAGAUCUGACCAGUUAACCAAUCUCUCUCGCAGCCGAUGGAUUCCGACGACCCGCGCCACGACCUGCGCGGCCGGGCCCCUGCCCCUGCCCUGCCCGGUGCCAGCGGGGGCGCGACGACGAAGAAGAGCGGGCCGGGGCAGCCCUGGUCGCACGCGGAGACGAUGCACCUCCUCGACGUCUACGAGGACCGCUGGAACAAGCUGCGGCGGGGGCAGCUCAAGGCGCAGCAGUGGGAGGACGUGGCGGCCGAGACCACGGCCCGCUGCGUCGCCAGCGGCGCCGGCGCCGGCCAGCGCAAGACGGGCACGCAGUGCCGCCACAAGCUCGAGAAGCUCCGCAAGCGGUACCGCGCCGAGGCCGCCCGCCCCGUCGCCUCGCUCUGGCCCUUCUUCCGCCGCAUGGACCAGCUCGAGCGCGGCCCGCGCGCCGCACUCUCCCCGCCCGCCGCCGCGUCCGACGACGAGGGGGAGGAGGAGGAGGAGGAAGAGGAAGAAGGGGAAGAAGAUGAUGAAGACGAGGAAGGGCAGCGGCAGGUGGAGGAGCCGGAACUCGUCCCGCGGAACAGCAAGAGCAUCAACGGCAUCCUCCGGGACGGCGGCGGCGGGUUCAGGGGCUUCACCUCCCGCCCGCCGCAGCCACAGCAACCGCCGCCGCCGUCGCCUUGUCUGACGCUGUCCAACGCGCCUCCGCGGAAGCGGGUCGCCUACGAGGCGUUCCAGGCCCAGGCGGCCGCGGACAGGGUGAAGGCAGAGGAGGCUCAGGCCGACCGCUCCGGUGCCGUGGCCCACGGGCCGUUCUCGGACGUGCUGAGGGACUUCGGCGAGGGGCUCAUGCGGCUGGAGCGGCGGCGCAUGGAUGUGCAGUGGGAGAUCGAGCGCGGGUGGAAGGAGGUCGAGGCCCGCCACAGCAGGAUGCUCCAGGACGCCCAGCGGAGGAUUCAGGACACCAUAGCCGCCGUCGCCGCGUCGGCCUCGGGGAAGAAGGCCAGGAGGGACCAUGGCAGCAGCGGGGACGACGACUUGUAGCAAAUCGAUCGCCGGGGCACAGGUUGAAGCUGCUUGCUAUUCGUCCUGGUCUUGUUCUUCAUCCUCUGCUCAGGGUGUGUUUAGCAGUGGUAUCGUGUACUUACUUGCAGUAGCUAGUAAUUUGACAGUCUCUUGUUAAUUGUUAUGCUGUGCCUCUGACAGACAAUGUCAUGGUCAAGACUAAUGUAGUGGCUAAUUUAGCACUAGUACUACAUCCGUGUUUCUGCAGCAAUUUUAAUAUGGUUUGCUUGUGUACUGUGGAA